AUGUCUCUGCUUCAUCCUGUCCCGAACGGGAAAUCUAAUGGUUUGUCACGUAAUCAUACAAACAACAAUCAUAGCACGACUUCGUCCCGACUGUCUCUGAGAACUCCUUUGUCUCAACCAAAUGUUGCAAACAACCCUGAUCGCCAACUGUCGCGUUUUCACAACACAUGGCUCUUUUCUGAGGACUCGUUUCUCUCCAAAAGUCCGUCUCGGAAGCAAUUGACGCUACCUCAGGAGCUACAAGUCCGUGAGCUGAUGCAUGCUUUUCUUAUCAAGCUCGGAAUUGAGCUCAAGCUCGAUGGCCGCACCAUUCUUGCGGCAACAGUUUACAUCAAUCGGUUCUACAUGCGUAUGCCUAUCACAACCUCGAAAUACUUCUUUAUCUGCGCAGCCAUUGCCAUCAGUUGCAAGCUUCAUGAUUGUUAUAGACCACCCGAUAAAAUUGCAUUGAAAGCUUGCGAGAUCCGCAAUCCGCAGAAACUGGUAGACCAGCAUAGUUCCUUGUUCUGGCAGUGGAGAGACCAGCUCUUGUACAGAGAAGAAAUAUUGUUGAAGAUGUUGAAUUUUGAAUUAGACAUAGACCUACCGUAUGAUUUCAUGGAAUCACUUUUGUCAGAAAAGGAUGCAGACCUGCCCAAUGGCUUCUACGUGAAAUUGACAGAUAUCCUUAAGCAUACUGUCUCGAAAGUAGAAUUGCUAAGCGCAUUGCCAUUGCUGGUAGCAUUUGAUAUGAAAACUAUCUUUGGAAUGGUUCUAGUACUCACGGUUGCGGAAGCACAGGAAAAGUUCCUGGAUGAGCAGUCUAUUGAGUUGCCUGCCACAUAUUUGCAAGAUAAACUUGGAGCCGCUUUAAUUGACUGCUACCACUGUUAUAAAUACGUUCUCAAGUUGAAGAGUGUUUGUGAGAAGCCAGAUCUCCCGAGUCAUAAGAAUAUUGUCGGAAAGGUUCCGAUCAUGUCUAAAACUAAGUUCUAUGAUGUCGCUACUGGAAAGCAACCUCAAUCGCAGGAUACAGAGCAUACGGUUGCAGAAACAGAAUUGCCCUUGGACCUUUCGGAUGUAGAAUAA